AUGUUGCAAGGCUUCGCAGUAGCCAUCAAGAUGGGCGCAACCAAAGCAGACUUUGACAAGACUACUGCCAUUCACCCCACCUCGUCCGAGGAGUUUGUUACGAUGUGUUAACAACGCAAACCUCUCGACGACCCUUCAUUUCCUAUACAGCACCAGCGAGAAUCACCAUACCAGGAAACGAGUGGCUUGACCCUUUUCCUCUGCAAUAGCUUGACUGCCCAAUGUUCAAUAACAGCCCUCUACUUCCAUUUUCUUUCUUUUAAGUUACCUCUUUUGUUUACCUCGUUUGAAUUUUUGGGACCAAGACGAUUAAGUUACUAUUUUUUUCUGUACUGUGGGUGUUUAACAGUGCUUAUCAAUUUAUUAAACAUGCAAGAUUUUUCUAAUGACUGUGAAAUGGAAGAGGUGGAUCUACAGGCAUUGUUGUCAAGUCACUGAAUUGGUGGUAAGGAAAUCUAGCUCCUAGUGUAGGAUCGGACGACCUCCGCAUGUGUAGUUCCCACAUUAUUUAGAAUUCAAGGCACACUUAACCAGCAUGGCUACCACAGCAUUCUGCAGCGAUACGCCAUCCCAUCUGGUUUGGGCUUAGUGGGACUAUCAUUUGUUUUUCAACAGGAUAAUGACCCAAAACACACCUCCAGGCUGUGUAAGGGAUAUUUGACCAAGAAGGAGAGUGAUGGAGUGCUGCAUCAGAUGACCUGGCCUCCACAAUCCCCCGACCUCAACCCAAUUGAGAUGGUUUGGGAUGAGUUGGACGGCAGAGUGAAGGAAAAGCAGCCAACAAGUGCUCAGCAUAUGUGGGAACUCCUUCAAGACUGUUGGAAAAGCAUUCCAGAUGAAGCUGGUUAAGAGAAUGCCAAGAGUGUGCAAAGCUGUCAUCAAGGCAAAGGGUGGCUACUUUGAUAAAUCUCAAAUAUAAAAUGUAUUUUGAUUUGUUUAACAGACAGAGUCACCAGCAAAGCACCUACACACCAUCACACCACCUCCUCCAUGCUUCACGGUGGGAACCACACAUGCGGAGAUCAUCCGUUCACCUACUCUGCGUCUCACAAAGACACGGCGGUUGGAACAAAAAAUCUCAAAUUUGGACUCAGAUUUCCACCGGUCUAAUGUCCAUUGCUCAUGUUUCUUGGCCCAAGCAAGUCUCUUAUUAUUAUUGCUGCUUGAUGGUUUUUGUGACUGCACUUGAAGAAACUUUCAAAGUUCUUGAAAUGUUUCAGAUUGACUGAACUUCAUGUCUUAAAGUAAUGAUGGACUGUCGUUUCUCUUUGCUUAUUUGAGCUGUUCUUGCCAUAAUAUGGACUUGGUAUUUUACCAAAUAGGGCUAUCUUCUGUAUACCACCCCUACCUUGUCACAACACAACUGAUUGGCUCAAACGCAUUAAGAAGGAAAGAAAUUCCACAAAUUAACUUUUAACAAGGCACACCUGUUAAUUGAAAUGCAUUCCCGGUGACUACCUCAUGAAGCUGGUUGAGAGAAUGCCAAGAGUGUGCAAAGCUGUCAUCAAGGCAAAGGGUGGCUACUUUGAAGAAUCUAAAAUAUAUUUUGAUUUGUUUAACACUUUUUUUGGUUACUACAUGAUUCCAAAUGUGUUAUUUCAUAGUUUUGAUGUCUUCACUAUUAUUCUACAAUGUAGAAAAUAGUAAAAAAAUACUCUGGGAUGCUGAUCUUCUAGGCAGAGUUGCAAAGAGAAAGCCAUAUCUCAGACUGCCCAUCUUAAUAUUUUAUUGGCCAGUCUGAGAUGUGGCUUUUUCUUUUCAUCCCGGAGUCGCCUCUUCACUGUUGACGUUGAGACUGGUGUUUUGCGGAUACUGUUUAAUGAAGCUGCCAGUUGAGGACCUGUGAGGCGCCUGUUUCUCAAAAUAGACACUAAUGUAUUUGUCCUCUUGCUCAGUUGUGCACCGGGGCCUCCCACUCCUCUUUCUAUUCUGGUUAGAGCCAGUUUGUGCUGUUCUGUGAAGGGAGUAGUACACAGCGUUGUACGAGAUCUUCAGUUUCUUGGCAAUUUCUCGCAUUGAAUAUCCUUCAUUUCUCAGAACAAGAAUAGACUGACGAGUUUCAGAAGAAAGUUAUUUGUUUCUGGCCAUUUUGAGCCUGUAAUCGAACCCACAAUUGCUGACGCUCCAGAUACUCAACUAGUCUCAAGAAGGCCAGUUUUAUUGCUUCUUUAAUCAGCACAACAGUUUUCAGCUGUGCUAACAUAAUUUCAAAAGGGUUUUCUAAUGAUCAAUUAGCCUUUUAAAAUGAUAAACUUGGAUUAGCAAACACAACAUGCCAUUGGAACACAGGACUGAUGGUUGCUGAUAAUGGGCCUCUGUACGCCUAUGUAGAUAUUCCAUUAAAAAUCAGCCAUUUCCAGCUACAAUAGCCAUUUACAACAUUAACGAUGCCUACACUGUAUUUCUAAUCAAUUUGAUGUUAUUUUGCACAUCUAGCAUUAGAGUGUUAAUACUAUUGUAAUUAUUUUGCACUAUAGCCUAUUUAUUGCCUUACCUCCAUAACUUGCUACAUUUGCACACACUGUAUAUAUAUUUUCUGCUGUAUUUUUGACUUUAUGUUUUUUACCCCAUAUGUAACUCUGUGUUGUUUUUAUUGCACUGCUUUGCUUUAUCUUGGCCAGGUCGCAGUUGUAAAUGAGAACCUGUUCUCAACUGGCUUACCUGGUUAAAUAAAGGUGAAAAAAAAAAAAAAAAAUAUGGACAAAACAUUUGCUUUUCUUUCGAAAACAAGGACAUUUCUAAGUGAUCCCAAACUUUUGAACAGUAGUGUAAAUACAAUCAUAACUUAAUUAGCUAACAAAAUAAAACGUUUUAUUUAAAUAAAAAUCAGUCAUAAAACACCUAGUUAAAAUUAUUAAAAUAUGUACAAUAUUUACAAAGCUCUCUGCCUACAGCACGGCGCCAUGGCAACCACGGAACUCCAACUCCAUUACAAUAGGAAGCUCUACGCAAAUAACUUAUGACGCUUUCCAGACAAACGAGAACUCGGAAGAAAAGGAGGUCAAAUCGUGACGUCAGUGAUUUUCAGGUCCGAAAGUCGGAUCUUUAGAAAGUGUCCUGAUGCCGCGUUCCAAACAACUCGGAAAUCUCUGACUUCAGUGCGUUUAAAACAACUGGGAACUCGAAAAAAACGCGCUCCGACUGGCAAAAAUCUAUUUGAACGGUCAUCCAACUUGGAAUUUCAACUCGGAAUUUCUGGCAUCUUUCUAGAGCUCUGACUUUACGACCUGAAGAUCACUGAUGUUAUGAUUUGACCUUUGACUUGGAAUUCCGAGUUGGAUAACCGUUCAAAACGAGCUCGUUUUUUUUCCUCCGAGUUCACAGUUGUCUUGAACGCACUGGAGUUGGAAGUCAGAGAUAUUCGAGUUCCCAGUUGCUUUCAACGCGGCAUUCGUCUCAGUGAAUUUAUUUACGGCCGCAGUGGUUAUCUUGCUAGCGGGUUAACAUAACUCAAAAUGGACUGAGAUAUGCGGAGCAAAUAUCACACAAGAAAGGUAAGGCCGUCCUGAAAUAACAACGACUAUCUGCCAUCCAAAACAAACGCACAAUGAAUGUAUACGUAGGGAGAUGCUUUAUUGUAGCAUGUGCUAGCAGGCUAACGUUAGCUAGCUAACCAAUAGCUAGCUAGGUAUUCCAAAAACGUUUGGCCUCUCACCGUCCAGUGCCGGGGGCAGUGGCUGGCUUUAUCUGGCUUACCAAGAUCAAGUUAGCUAGCGAGCAAGCUAGACCGCAAGGUAACAGUGUCCCUCCGUUUUAUGUAUUGACAGUACUGUUAUAACAUAACAUUGACCAGGUUAACAGGGCGCUUUCGAUGUAAUGCCAAGUUCUGUGUCAUUUGAACCUCAGCCUGCUAACCUAGCUAGUUAGCCAACUAGUUGUCUAUCUAGCUAUACUAGCCGGUCAGCCAACUUAGAACUAGCUAAUUGAUGUGAUGCGGCAUUAUUAGCUAAUUAGCUAGCUACAUCCAGGUACUGCGAUCAUUUUAGAUGGUAGUUGUAUCAUGAUGAUGAUGAUUUCGUUGGGAGGCGAGUCGGGUUUGUCUUGUUAACUUAGUGUAGAUAGCUAGGUAUGUUUGGCCGAACUCAACCGAUGCCUACUGACAGUGCUUGUUCUCACUCAAACAGCAAGUUCCAGCAUUGCUCUACGAAGCCCGCAACUGCGAGGAUGUUCCCCGGCCUGGCACAGAGACCAUGGCAAGUAUUCUGCAGGGUCUACCGGCAGCACAGAACCCCACUGUCACAACGACCCCACACUGUUGCCCGACCAUGUCACGGUGAGGCUCACAUGUUCAAGUCAAUGCUUGACACAUUUUUUAUGCAUAACACUCUGUCAGUGCAAAGUGUGUGUAGUGUAUCUAAUAGUAUGUUUUAGCUAACACACAUUUCCCUACAGGGUGGCAGAAUGGAGGGAUGCACAAUCUGUGGUUCAGCCUCCCUGACUUCCGUGUAGCCGCUCUAACAACAAGCCGUGUCCAGUACUAUUCUACCUCCAGCAGCAGUAAGGAUGGCCUCCCUCCUCCUACUACACAAGGACCAGACAGUCCGCCUACUGUGGAGAAGGUGCUAGCUGGGGCUGCACAACUCUCCUCAGACUCCCCAGGUAAUGGCCACUGCUUGUCCUGUUUUGGCAAUAUGUAUAUGUGUAUUCACUAGGAACCAAACAGGAGCAAACUUGUUUGUAAUACGUUUUGCUAUGGUGCCCGCUAAUAAUACACCCCAGUAUUAUGUUCAGGUGUAGUAAGAACAUUGUCAAAAUAGGAUUGAAAAGUAUCUCUAUCAGUCUUUAUGUUCUGGUACUCUUUUAUUUUAUUAUUUUAUUUUUAAACAUGCUUGACCCUAACCCCUAAAACAGCUGGAAGUAGUUCUGGUAAAUAAGCAAUGUGACUUAUCUAGCUAUGUCUUUUUUAGUUAUUGUGUUCAGCAGUGGUGGAAAAAGUACCCAAUUGUCAUACUGUAGUAAAAGUAAAGCUACCUUAAUAGAAAAUCACCCUGUAAAAUACUACUUGAGAAAAAGUCCAAGUAUUUAGUUUCAAAUAUUCUUAAGUAUCAAAAGUGAAUGCAAUUGCAAAAAUAUACUUAAGUACAAGUAUAAAUCAUUUAAAAAUUGCUUAUAUUAAGCAAACCAGACGGCACAAUUUUCUUGUUUUUUAAAUUUACGGAUAGCCAGGGGCACACUAAAACACGCAGACAUCAUUUACAAAUUAAGCAUUUGUGUUUAGCGAGUCCUCCAGAUCAGGGAUGUUGUCUUGAUAAGUGCUUGAAUUGGACCAUUUUCCUGUCCUGCUAUGCAUUCAAAAUGUAACGAGUACUUUUGAGUGUCAGGGGGAAAUGUAUGGAGUAAAAAGUAAAUUUAUGUUCUUUAGGAAUGUAGUAAAGUAAAAGUUGUCAAAAAUAUAAAUAGUAAAGUACAGAUACUUUAAAGUACUACUUAAGUAGUACUUUAAAGUAUUUUUAUUUAAGUACUUUACACCACUUGUGUUCAGUAAAAAAAAAAAAUUGGCACUCUUCUUUUUUAAAAUCUCAGGGUCAACAACGCCCCAAGGUCUAACAAAAACUGAGACAAUUCAAGUGAAAGUGCGGGCUGUGCUUAAGAAGAGGGACUAUGGAUCCAAGUACACCCAGAACAACUUUAUCACUGCAGUCAGAGCUAUGAACGAGUUCUGUCUCAAGCCAAGGUAAACCCUCAAUAACAGGGAAUUUUGACAAUUAGGCAUUAAUGGAUACAGGUUAACCAAAACUCACAAUGGCGAAAGUAUUGCUAUUUCUUGUGUGUUUUCUGCUGGUGCGUGGGCAAUGUACACUUUGAAAGAAGUUGUAGCUAUCCUUUUCUGAAUUCAGUGUAUUCCAGACCAUACUAGUGCUGCUUAGCAUUACAAUCUUACAUUUACAUUUUUAGUCAUUUAGCAGACGCUCUUAUACAGAGCGACUUACAGUUAGUGAAUACAUAUAUAUUUUUUUUUUAUACUGGCCCCCCGUGGGAAUCGAACCCACAACCCUGGCGUUGCAAACGCCAUGCUCUAUCAACUGAGCUACAUCCCUGCCGGCCAUUCCCUCCCCUACCCUGGACGACGCUGGGCCAAUUGUGCGCCGCCCAUGAGUCUCCCGGUCGCGGCCGGCUGCGACAGAGCCUGGAUUCGAACCAGGAUCUCUAGUGGCACAGUUAGCACUGCGAUGCGGCGCCUUAGACCACUGCGCCACUCAGGAGAUCUUCCACUGAGCUAAUGGGGAAACACACUGUGGGUUCGAUUACAGGCUCAAAAUGGCCAGAAACAAUGUAUGCACUCACUAACUGUAAGUCGCUCUGGAUAAGAGCGUCUGCUAAAUGACUAAAAUGUAAAAUUAUCACAUUAAGGGAAGUUAACAUGCCCAUGGCUCAGUCAUUGAUGCAGGGACUGCUUGAUGUACUCAGCCCACUGUCGCUGUCUCUCUUUCUGUCUCGCUCGCUAUUUCUGACUAUCCUCUUUCUUUCUCUCUUUUUCUUUCUCUCUUUUAUCUUUCGUGUGACCUUAGUGACCUGGAGCAGCUAAGGAAGAUCCGUCGACGCAGCCCACACGACGACACUGAGGCAUUCACUGUAUUCCUGCGAUCAGACGUGGAAGUCAAGUUAGUACAUUUUACAUUCCUUACUUACCAGUAAAAUCAUGUCACAAAAAACAAGUGUUUACAGCACCAAAAUUAACAUCAAUUGUUGGAAUCAUGCACUUUACAGUUGACUGCACAUUAGCAACCUUAAGCCAAUGUGAUGCUAUUAGAUAGACUAUAUUGAUGCUAAUAGGUAGACCAUAUUGUAUACGAAACGAAAAUGUUAUUUCAAUCGGACUUCCAGAGCUCUAGAUGUGUGGGGAAGUCCUGAAGCCCUUGACAGAGAGCGGAAACUCAGGAAAGUGGAGGAGAGAGAGUACGAAGAGAGUAGGUAUCCUCCACCCUGCAUGUGCAUUCUGUGACUAACUGUACAAUAACCGUCUACUUGCUCUGUUUAUUAUGUGUGUUGUUUUCUUUUUGUAACCCAGCCCAACCUAGGCUGUGUAGUUGGUGUGAUGAUGUGGUUUUUACAUAUUGACAUGUAGCCUGGGUCAUAUUUAUUAGGUAACAAAUGGAAGAGAACGGACUAACUUGGCUAGUCCAAUAAGAAAUGCUCAUUUUCAUUUCCCGUUACAAAACGUUUCUGUGCAGGCCCUAAUGAACACGACCCACCAGUGGCUACCUGGUUCCUCAGUGGUGUUGCGAUUAAUUACAAUGAUGGUCUGUGCUGUGAGCUUGCACUCACUGUCUCCGUUUAUGCUCUCUUCACUCCUUUUCACUGUCUUUCAGAUAUUUUCCGGAAUCAGCAGUUGCUAAAGGAGUACAAAGAUUUCUGGGGAAACACAAUGGUGAGUUCAGGGCCAAUGUGACCUGAAGCAGUGUGAUGUGGUUCCCUAUUGAAAGCCUUCAAGCUUAGCUAAUAUUUAAAGUGCAAAUAUAUCCAUGUUACACAUUUUGACCAGAAGUUCUGUGGUGGUGAUUUAUGGAGAUCUACCAAAAUAUCUUGAGGAUAGAAAUGCAACUAUCCACAAUUCUUACUAUCAUAUUAGCCAUGCUAUAUAUUUAGCCAUAUCAUGAUAGCCACAACAAAAUGGGGAGCCAGGAUCUCCUGACCAGACUGAGUGUGAUGGACAGAGAAAUGGACACCUGUCCUGCUGGCUGCUACCAAAAUCCCUCACGUGACCUUUGACCCAGUGCAGGGUUAUUUAACCCUCACAGCCCUGCAUCACUGGUCCCGUGUGGCUCAGUUGGUAGAGCAUGGUGCUACGGUUGUGGGUACGAUGCCCAUGGUGGAUUAGUAGGAAAAAUUUACACUACCGUUCAAAAGUUUGGGGUCACUUAGAAAUGUCCUUGUUUUCGAAAGAAAAUCAUUUUUUUGUCCAUUUUAAAAUAACAUAAAAUUGAUCAGAAAUAAAGUGUAGACAUUGUUAAUGUUGUAAAUGGCUAUUGUAGCUGGAAACAGAUUAUUUUUAAUGGAAUAUCUACAUAGGCGUACAGAGGCCCAUUAUCAGCAACCAUCAGUCCUGUGUUCCAAUGGCACGUUGUGUUUGCUAAUCCAAGUUUAUCAUUUUAAAAGGCUAAUUGAUCAUUAGAAAACACUUAUGAAAACCCAAUUAUGUUAGCACAGCUGAAAACUGUUGUGCUGAUUUUAAAGAAGCAAUAAAACUGGCCUUCUUGAGACUAGUUGAGUAUCUGGAGCGUCAGCAAUUGUGGGUUCGAAUUACAGGCUCAAAAUGGCCAGAAACAAAUAACUUUCUUCUGAAACUCAUCAGUCCAUUCUUGUUCUGAGAAAUUAAGGCUAUUCCAUACGAGAAAUUGCCAAGAAACUGAAGAUCUCGUACAACGCUGUGUACUACUCCCUUCACAGAACAGCGCAAACUGGCUCUAACCAGAAUAAAAAGAGGAGUGGGAGGCCCCGGUGCACAACUGAGCAAGAGGACAAAUACAUUAGUGUCUAGUUUGAGAAACAGGCGCAUCACAGGUCCUCAACUGGCAGCUUCAUGAAAUGGUUACCCGCAAAACACCAGUCUCAACGUCAACAGUGAAGAGGCGAGUCCGGGAUGCUGACCUUCUAGGCAGAGUUGCAAAGGUAAAGCCAUAUCUCAGACUGGCCAAUAAAAAGAAAAGAUUAAGAUGGGCAGUCUGAGAUAUGGCUUUUUCUUUGCAACUCAUUUCUAAGUGACACCAAACUUUUGAACGGUAGUGUAUGCAUUUACAUGACAUUGUUUCAUUCUCACCAACGUUCAUUGACACAGUGCCUCUGUAUAACGCUGGUCUCCUUUCAAUGAUCCUUUACAGUACAGUACUGCACCACCUAGCAUGUGAUGGUGCAUUCUAUACUGUACUUAAUUUUUGUGUGCUGAAAAUCCUCUAAAUAUGCUACCUUUGACUCAGCUAGUGCCUUGACUUUUUCCACAUUUUGUUACAUUACAUCCUCAUUCUAAAAUUAAUUAAAUAGUUUUUUCCCCCUCAUCAAUCAACACACAAUACCCCAUAAUGACAAAGCAAAAACAGGUUUUUAGAAAUGUUUGCGAAUGUAUUAAAAAUAAAAAUAAACAUCACAUUUACAUAAGUAUUCAGACGCUUUACUCAGUACUUUGUUGAAGCACCUUUGGCAGCGAUUACAGCAUCGAGCCUUCCUGGGUAUAACGCUACAAGCUUGGCACACCUGUAUUUGGGGAGUUUUUACAAAUCUUCUCUGCAGAUCCUCUCAAGCUUGGUUUGGAUGGGGAGCGUUGCUGCACAGCUAUUUUAAGGUCUCUCCAGAGAUGUUCGAUCGGGUUCAAGUCUGGGCUCAGGCUGGGCCACUCAAGGACAUUCAGGGACUUGUCCCGAAGCCUCUCCUGCGUUGUCUUGGCUGUGUGCUUAGGGUUGUUGUCCUAUUGGAAGGUGAACCUUCGCCCCAAUCUGUGGUCCUGAGCGCUCUGGAGCAGGUUGUCAUCAAGGAUCUCUCUGUACUUUGCUCCGUUCAUCUUUCCUUUGAUCCUGACUAGUCUCCCAGUCCCUGCCGCUGAAAAACAUCCCCACAGCAUGAUGCUGCAACCACCAUGCUUCACCGUAGGGCUGGUGCCAGGUUUCCUCCAGACGUGACGCUUGGCAUUCAGGCCAAAGAGUUCAAUCUUGGUUUCAUCAGACCAGAGAAUGUUGUUUCUCAUAGUCAGAGUCUUUAGGUGCCUUUUGGCAAACUCCAAGCAGGCUGUCAUGUGCCUUUUACUGAGGAGUGGCUUCUGUCUGGCCACUCUACCAUAAAGGCCUGAUUGGUGGAGUGCUGCAGAGAUUGUUGUCCUUCUGGAAGGUUCUCCCAUCUCAACAGAGGAACUCUAGAGCUCUGUCAGAGUGAACAUCGGGUUCUUGGUCACCUCCCUGACCAAGGCCCUUCUCCCCUGAUUGCUCAGUUUUGCCAGGCGGCCAGCUCUAGGAAGAGUCUUGGUGGUUCCAAACCACAGGUGGACUCCAAGUUGUAGAAACAUCUCAAGGAUGAUCAAUGGAAACAGGAUGCACCUGAGCUCAAUUUCGAGUCUCAUAGCAAAGGGUCUGAAUACGUAUGUAAAUAAGGUAUUUCUGUUUUUAAUUUGUAGUACAUUUGCAAACAUUUAUAAAUACCUGUUUUCACUUUGUCAUUAUGGGGUAAUGUGUGUAGAUUGCUGAGGGAAUACAAAAAUAAUAUAUAUUUUAGAAUAAUAAUGUAACAAAAUGUGGAAAGAGUCAAGGGGUCUGAAUACUUUCCGAAGGCACUGUAUAUGAAGGGCUCUGAUGGUUAAACGAAAGAUGGGUAGUGUCUCUAACUUAUUUUGUAACAUUCUCUGGAAGUAUAUAUUAUGUAGGGGUCUAUUCCAGAUUAAGACUUUCAUUGAAAAUCCUCAGAUAAAAAUAUUUUAUUUGAAUUAAUUUAGAAUGGAAUUGACGCUAUUGCUUUUCCUAGAAUCAUAAUUCUGAUAUAGCAGACAUUAUCUCCAGUAGGCUUGAUCUUUUCUCUCCCUUCUCCUGUCAUGUAGCCCCGAUCAGGCAGCAAUAGGGCGACAUUUUCACAAGGGCCGGGGAAGGUGGUGAUGGUGGCCAUAUGCAUGUAAGUCUCCUUUUCCUCACCUGUUUCCCCCCUCCUCCCAGAAUAGUGUCUCAUUACUUUUGUCAUACCCUACUGUUAAAUUGACCUUCAUGAAAACUCACGAAAACCCCACAAAAAAACAGCCGAUUUUAUUCUUAUGCAUGCCAGAAUUGUUUAACUGUAGUUCCAUUUCAUUUUCUUCAGCCGGGGAUUCAAAUGUGAGUAAAGUACAAGUUGAUCAGGGAAAGGGGUAGGUUCUCACACGAGACACUGUUGGUGUAUUGGAUUAGAGCUAUUGAGUUAGCAGGCAUGACAGUCACAUGAGGGACUGCACUGUGUCUGUUCACAUUAACCCCCAUGUCAUGCAGGAAGUUUAGGAGUUAGCGUAAUUAAUUUACAAGACACACAGUAUGGGUCUUAACUCUUGUCUGGAUACAUCCUCAAUCCAAGUAAUUGUUAUCAGUUGAUACAUUGAGUUGGAAAGUAUGCUCAAUCAUGCAAAGAAAAGGAAGUAAAACGAAACAUUAUUCUAUGGGUUAAACACCGGCCAUUGAAUUGUAUAUUAGUGAGCGUAAACUUUUAACUCGCGCUAUAUGAAAACUACUAUUUUAUUGUCCUCUCUGAUUGACGUGAGUUGGUUUUUAAGGUUGAUUGUGUUGUUCUCUCUGCCCUCAGUAAUGGACUGAAUUUCUUCUUCAAGCUCCUGGCUUGGGUGUACACUGGAUCAGCCAGCAUGUUCUCAGAGGCCAUUCACUCCCUGGCUGACACCUGCAACCAGGUCAGAUACAGUGGCUAUGUCCUAAUUAUCUCUCCUUCCUCCUAAAGUGUGCCCUUGUUCACUCCCCUUCGCUGAUUUGAAAGGUAAUGACUGGUAUCGGAAAUAUUGUGGAAACUCCCACGAUCCCAUGCCUCAAUCAAUCCAAUGCUUUGAGAUUUGUGGGAAGUAGUGAAUGAGUGCACACUUCAGGAGGAAAGAUAUGUUAUUGGGACAUGCCCUCCAAAUCCACUGGCUACCAAGAAGUGCACAUAUCGUCACAUACCCUGAUAUUGCAAUUAGGGAUGAGUUAGAAUUCGUGAUUAAUAGAGUUGGUCCUGUUGUGGACAUUCUUACACAGGGACACUCGAAGUCAAUCUUAAAUGAAUCAUUGUUUAUUAUCAGUUAACUGGAGAGGUUCCAACAAACUUGAUGCGCCAUAGUGAAUGUCUGUCAGGAGCUCUCCCGGGGCAGUCCCGUUAGAUCUCUUAUAUACAGACAAGUUAUAUUUGCAUGAUUUAGCUUAUUCAUUCAUAAUUAAUUCAUAAUUAACGUUUGCUUCAUUCAUGUGACUGACCUAUACUGGGUCAUGCAUGUGACAGACCAAUACCUCAUGAGGCUUCUUCUCUCUAAGCUGAGACCUUGGAACUGCGACAUCUUUCGUUCUCAAAACAAGGGUCUGGGCGUAGUGCCAAAUUACAGAUACUGAUAGUGAGGGUUCGUUCAGUCAGUCACUUGCAUGAACACAGAAAACUGUUAUUAGAAAAGCACAAACAUAAAAUGUUCCAUCACAGUCCCAUCCCUGAUUGCAAUGGAUAACACCAGUUUCCAUGAGUGUCUUAAAAGCCAGAGCUGGAAUGUACUGUAUGAUAGUCAUUGUAAACAAUGUGUCAUAUACAGUAUAUUUUGUAAAGGCUGCAGAUUCGAUUUAUACCUCAUCACUCUCUCCUGCAGGCUCUUCUUGCAAUCGGCAUCAGCCAGUCUGUCCGGAACCCUGACGCUGUCCACCCGUAAGGACCACACCACCAUUAAAUGAUACUCUGUUGAUCCUCUGCUCCAACCUGUGUGUGUGUGUGUCUGUCUUCUGGAGGGGGUGAGUGCAGAUAUAAAACACAUGUUUUAUUCUCUGACUUUAAGGUACGGCUUCUCCAACAUGCGCUACAUCGCCUCGCUCAUCAGCGGCGUGGGCAUCUUCAUGAUGGGAGCAGGUCUCUCUUGGUACCACGGCAUCAUGGGACUGCUGCACCCACAGCCAAUCGAGUCUCUGCUUUGGGUGAGUGGCCACAUUGUUACUGCUGCUGAGGGGAUCAGUUUGGGCAUGACCACGUGCAGAAUAGCUCAUCUUAAUCACAUAUUAGCUAUUUGGAAUGCAAGAUUUGUACAGUGAUUCUGCACAGUCCGACUGCAAUGUUGUCGGUAUCAAACAUUCACAUAAUCUUUGAUUUGAGUAACUGUUACGUCCUCUUGUCUAUUUGCCAAAGUGGUUGAUCGAACCGUGCUUUUGGAACGAUGUCCCUCUUAAUUGUUGGUUUGUGUUUUGUCUCUUGCAGGCUUACUGUAUCUUGGCAGGAUCUCUGGUCUCAGAAGGAGGUAUCUUAUGGUCUGAAAUUACUAUCACCCUCUGGGACUGUAUUCAUCAAGUGUCUCGGAGUAGGAGUUCUGAUUUGGGAUCAGUUUUGCCUUUUUAGGUCAAUAUGAAUAACAUUACCUGGACGGGGGGGGGAACUUAUCUUAGAUCGGCACUCCUAUUCUGAGACGCUUGAUAGCCCGUGAUAUGUACUUGUAUUAAAAAUAAAUGGAUGUAAUGCAGUAUAUGUGUUCAAUAGGAAGGUACACUGACUGUUCUAUGGAACCCAUGAUAUGUACUUGUAUUUAAAAUGGAUGUAAUGCAGUAUAUGUGUUCAAUAGGAAGGUACACUGACUGUUCUAUGGAUUUGCAUGUUUCUUUUUGCUUCUUCUAUCUCCCUCUCAGCAACACUGCUAGUGGCCAUCAAUGAAAUUAAAAAGAGUGCUGGCCAGCAAGGAGUGUCCUUCUAUGAAUAUGGUUCGUACAAUGCGUAUUUGUUUUGUAACCUUUUUAUUUGAUGUACUGGUAUGCAUCAAUAACUAGAGUACCUACCCAAGUUUUAACAUUACCCCAGUCUUAAUUCCAAAUUAUUUUAUAAGUUAGUUGUUAGCAUGUAUUGCAUUAUGUAGCUACAUCAAUGAUUUUGUGAGAUAAAGUUAUCUACAUGUCAUCCCUUACAAUAUGUAUGUACAUCAGUAGUUAUUGUUGUGAUCAGUAAAGCAGUAUGUUGUUUUGAUGUGCAGUGAUGCAAAGCCGAGACCCCAGCACUAAUGUGGUGCUGCUGGAAGACUCUGCUGCUGUGCUGGGAGUGAUCAUGGCCUCAAGCUGCAUGGGGCUCACCUCGCUCACAGGUACACACAGCUCAUCUCACUCACAGGUACUCACAGGUGUACACACACACACACACACACACACACAGCUCAUCUCACUCACAUGUACAUACACACACACACACACACACACACAGGACUCACAAGUGUACACACACCUACACAGAGAUGCUAUUCAUUUCCCCACACGUAGGCACUUCACUCCCAGGUGCUCACACAACCACGGGCCCCUCCAGUGGGCCAACAUUGCACAACUUGAGUUCUCGAGUUACCCUAACAGUAACCCAGCUGUCUAAAUUCUCUGGCCAGUCAAAUACUUAAUAUUACCAAUGUUGUGUAUUCUGUGUGAACCAGUGCUGUGUAUUCUGAGUCUGAAAUAUAUACACAGUACUAACAUCCAAUGCAGCCUACAAAUGCAGAUGACCUGGAACGGGUCAAUGGUUAAGCCACAACUCCUUAUUUAGUCUGCGUCCCAAAGGACACCCUAUUCCCUAGAUGGUGCAAUACAUAGUACUGCACUAAAUAGUGAAUAGGGUGCCAUUUGGAGCCCCAUUGUCCCUGGUCAAAACUAGUGCACUAUACCGUGAAUAUGGUACAAUUUGGGACAUAGACCAACUCUCUCUCUUUCCCUCGUGCCCUGUGCCAGGUAACCCGCUGUACGACAGCCUGGGCUCUCUGGGUGUGGGAACCCUACUGGGCGUAGUGUCAGCCUUCCUCAUCUACACAAACACGGAGGCACUGCUGGGACGCUCCAUCCAGGCCGAGCACGUCCAGAAACUCACGGAGUUCCUGGAGAAUGAUCCCGCUGUCCGGUUAGUCAGUGGCCGCCAUGUCCAGUGUCCCAGGGUCGUUUUUAUUAGGCACCAAACAGAUGUUUUAUUUAUUUUUGUAAUGACAAAAACAAAAAGACAAACAGGAGGGCACUACCUGGAGUUUUCCAAUAAGAAACACUCAUUUUUGUCUUACUAUUGCAACAUCGCUGUUAGGUCAGUGGCGCUCCAGCCCCAGGCCUCUCUAUCCCUGUACCAGGGUUGUGUUCAUUAGGCACCAAUCAGAAGGAAAAACAGGGUGGGACUACCUUGACUUGGUCCAAUAAGAAACACUCCUUUUAAUUUUCAGAUGCAACGCGAUUGAAAAUGUGUUCUGUUGCAUACCUCCUAAUGACCAUGACCCUGGCCUAUCCCACCACACAAUCAGGCCUCAGCACUGACACCAUAGAGUACCACAUUAUGAGUUAUAAUACCCAUAAAACCUAGCGCUCAAACAGGGAAAUGGUUCCAAUCGUUUUUCCACCAUUCACUUUUCCCAUAGGGGAUUUUAGAAACACUUCAAAUAAGGGCUGUGUUUUGUGUAGGCUUACCCUGGCGUGACGUUUUGAUAACCGUGUAAAUCUCUCUAGGACAAGGUGACUUUUAUCAAUAUAUUUGCCUGUAUUUACCCCUCCCAAAAAUGAAAUGCUAAUGUGGCUAUCAUAAAGAACUACAAAUGCCAUGAUGAUCUGGACGAGACUGCCGACUCGAGGCAAAGAUAAGAAUCUUUGGAUUAACUAUCUAAUGUUAGCUAAAUGUAGUAAUGAAUAAAUCGGCUACAUUUCUUUAAAUGGGCAAUUCUGUGAACUGUUUUGUGAAUUGAAGUUUUUAAAUUGACACAAUACCUGUUAGCAAAGGUGUCAGCAAGAGAUGAUGUUCAGGAGCUUGCAGGGAUUUGUAGUUUUGCAUGAUGUCUACUUUGAUGCUAAUUAGCAUUUUGGAAUCUGAGAAAUUAGAGCCGAAAUAUAUUGUUUGUCAGGAGCUUAAUGAAAUGAGUUUCCAUGGCCGAACAACUACACAAAAGCCUAAGAUCACCAUGCACAAUGCCAAGCGUCGGCUUGAGUGGUGUAAAGCUCGCCGCCAUUGGAAACACGUUCUCUGGAGUGAUGAAUCACGCUUGACCAUCUGGCAGUCCGACUGACAAAUCUGGGUUUGGCGGAUGGCAGGAGAAUACUACCUGCCGCAAUGCAUAGUACCAACUGUAAAUCCAGGCUCUGUCGUAGCCGGCCGUGACCGGGAGACCCAUGGGGCGGCGCAUAAUUGGCCCUGCGUAGGGGAGGGAAUGGCCGGCAGGGAUGUAGCUCAGUUGGUAGAGCAUGGCGUUUGCAAUGCCAGGGUUGUGGGUUCAAUUCCCACGGGGGGCCAGUAUGAAAAAUAAAAUAAUGUAUGCACUCACUAACUGUAAGUCGCUCUGGAUAAGAGCGUCUGCUAAAUGACUUAAAUGUAAAGUUUGGUGGAGGAGGAAUAAUGGUCUGGGGCUGUUUUUCAUGGUUCGGGUUAGGCCCCUUAGUUCCUUUUGAAGGGAAAUCUUAACACUACAGCAUACGAUUCUGUGCUUCCAGCUUUGUGGUAACAGUUUGGGUAAGGCCCUUUCCUGUUUCAGCAUGACAAUGCCGCUGUGCACAAAGCUAGGACCAUACAGAAAUGGUUUGUCGAGAUCGGUGUAGAAGAACUUGACUGGCCUGUACAGAGACCUGACCUCAACCCCACUGAACACCUUUGGGAUGAAUAGGAAUGCUGACUGCGAGCCAGGCCUAAUCGCCCAACAUCAGUGCCCGACUUCUCUAAUGCUCGUGGCUGAAUGGAAGCAAGCCCCCGCAGCAAUGUUCCAACAUCUAGUGGAAAGCCUUGCUAGAAGAGUGGAGGCUGUUUUAGCAGCAAAGGGGGGGACCAACUCCAUAUUAAUGCCCAUGACCUUUUGGUCAUGUAAUGUAUUUCCUAAAUUAAACAUUUUUAGCUGAAUUCCUGUUUCUCCUUUUUUUUUUUUUUUUUUGUUGAAACAACUACUUUUAAAAAAACAAAAUAAAUCACAGUUUUGGCCCGCUGGCUGCAUGUUGCCGAUCCCUGCAGUACGUGAUCUGCUCUUGAAAUGUAUUAAUGUUAUGGUUUAUUUGUCAGUGACCAUACACAAAAUAAAUAUUGCCGACGAGUUGGAUACAUAGCUCAUUUACACUUGUGGUCUCUAAUAUAAAAUACAUUUGAAAAAAGAUGUAACUAACACUUUUUUUGGUUUUUGCUGUGACCAGGGCGAUCCACGAUGUGAAGGCCACAGACCUGGGGCUAAGUAAAGUGCGCUUCAAGGCGGAGGUGGACUUUGACGGGAGGGUGGUGACACGCUCCUACCUGGAGAAGCAAGACAUCGAACAGAUCCUCAACGUAAGGCUAAUGUAAUGCUAAGAAGUGUUUCAUGAAGGCGACUGUUUAUCACCAUAGCUUUUUUUUUGGUCUUUCUGGUUUGGAGAGUUAAACAUCCCUAGUAAUCCAUCUGCAUUGAUAGACAUUGUACGAUCCUUUAAAGCUGCAAUCUGGAAUUUUGUUUUUCACCCAAACGGUAACCCUUCCUCUUGUUUUGGUAUCCAGCUGAAGGAUGGUGCUGGGGAAAUGUUUUAUUUCAAACUGAUUUUAAUACUGUCUUGUACUUUAUGUAACAGUGACUGAAUAUUGCUUAAUGAUACAUGACUCGCUGAAUGUAACAGAGCUAGGUGUGUGUGUGUGCAUGAUUAUCUAGUCAAAGUACUGAGUGUACAGGUAACUGCCAAAAUAAAGGAAACACAAACAUAGUGUCUUAAUAGGGCAUUGGGCCACCACGAGCCAGAAUAGCUUCAAUGCACCUUGGCAUAGAUUCUACAAGUGCCCUGUGGAUGGGGGGCAUUGUCAUCCUAUGGGGGCAUAACCAUGGUAGCCAAAAUAAUGGCCUGCCCAGCAAAAUAAUGGCCUGCCCAGUGCCUUCGGAAAGUAUUCAGACCCCUUGACUUUUCCCACAUUUUGUUACGUUAAAGCCUUAAUCGAAAAUGUAUUAAAUAAAUAAAAAUCCUCAGCAAUCUGCACACACUACCCCAUAAUGUCAAAGCGAAAACAGGUUUUUAGAAAAUAAAUGUUAAAUGUAUCAAAAAACAGAAAUACCUUAUUUACAUAACUAUUCAGACCCUUUGUUAUGAGACUCGAAAUUGAACUCAGGUGCAUCCUGUUUCCAUUGAUCAUCCUUGAGAUGUUUCUACAACUUGAUUGGAGUCCACCUGUGGUAAAUUGAUUGGACAUGAUUUGGAAAGGCACACACCUGUCUAUAUAAGGUCCCACAGUUGACAGUGCAUGUCAGAGCAAGAACCAAGCCAUGAGGUUGAAGGAAUUGUCCGUAGAGCUCUGAGAUAGGAUUUUGUCGCGGCACAGAUCUGGGGAAGGGUACCAAAACAUUUCUGCAGCAUUGAAGGUCCCCAAGGACACAGUUGCCUCCUCCAUUCUUAAAUGGAAGAAGUUUGGAACCGCAAAGACUUUUCCUAGAGCUGGCCGCCCGGCCAAACUGAGCAAUCGGGGGAGAAGGGCCUUGUUCAUACAGAACUUGAUGGUCACUUUGACAGAGCUCUAGCGUUCCUCUGUGGAGAUGGAAGAGGGACUGGGUGACUAGUCAGGAUCGAGGCAAAGAUGAACGGAGCAAAGUACAGAGAGAUCCUUGAUGAAAACCUGCUCAGGACCUCAGACUGGGGUGAAGGUUCACCUUCCAACAGGACAACGACCCUAAGCACACAGCCAAGACAACGCAGGAGUGGCUUCGGGACAAGUCUCUGAAUGUCUUUGAGUGGCACAGCCACAGCCCGGAUUUGAACCAGAUCGAACAUCUCUAGAGAGACCUGAAAAUAGCUGUGCAGCGACGCUCCCCAUCCAACCUGACAGAGCUUGAGAGGAUCUGCAGAGAAGAACGGCAGAAACUCUCCAAAUACAAGUGUGCCAAGCUUGUAGCAUCAUACCCAAUAAGACUUGAGGCUGUAAUCGCUGUCAAAGGUGCUUCAACAAAGUAUUGAGUAAAGGGUCUGAAUACUUAUGUAAAUGUGAUAUUUCCGUUUAUUUUUUAUAAAUUAGCAAACAUUUCUAAUAACCUGUUUUUGCUUUGUCAUUAUGGGGUAUUGUGUAUAGAUUGAUGGGGGGGGGAACGAUGUAAUCAUUUUUAGAAUAAGGCUGUAACCUAACAAAAUGUGGAAAAAGUCAAGGGGUCUGAAUACUUUCCGAAGGCACUGUACAUGACCCUAAGCAUGAUGGGAUGUUAAUUGCUGAAUUAACUCAGAAGCCGCACCUGCUUUCAAUAUACUUUGUAUCCCUCAUUUACUCAAGUGUAUCCAUUAUUUUGGCAGUUACCUGUAUGUUUGUUACUUUGUUGUGGCUUAUAGGACAUCCAGCAGGUGAAGACCACUGAUGAGCUGGAGAACUUCAUGCUGAAGCACGGCGAGAACAUCAUCGACACCCUGGGGGCCGAGGUGGACCGCCUGGAGAAGGAACUCAAGGUAGAGUGGCACCGCACUCCCAUUCUCUAUGUACCCUUCUCCCCAAAGUGUGCACAUGCUUAUAUCGAUUCAAUGCUUGAAGAACCAAUCCACGAAGUAGAGUAAGGGAGUGCACACUUCAUGUUAGGGAAUUGGAAUGCAUGUCUGUACUUACCCCUCCGUAGCUCCACCACCAACAUGUUACAUUUCAACACCAUACACAUAGCUUGUAUUAACUCUUAGUUGGUGAUCUGUUGAAGUGCAUUCAACAGAAGAAAGGAUGAACUCCUAGAAAGAUUUAGAGCAAAGGGCUACAAUCAGACAUGGUUAAAUCAAGCUGAAAGUAAACUCAUGGAUGUUCAGCACAACUACUGAGCAAGCCCUAGAGCCAGACCUGUCCAACAGGUCACUACCUACACCUCACAAAGUCCAGAACUACUAGGCAUCAUUAAAAAACAUUGGCAUAUUCUACGCUCAGACUCCACUCUAUGUAAUACAUUUCAGUCUGCGGCCGCCUACCGUAGAGCUAAAAACAUUAAAGACUGUGUUGUCCGAUCCGACAUCAGCCAAGGCGCAAACAAGACCAGCCUCCUGCAUAUUCCCCCCGGCAACUACAAGUGUGGCAAUUUACUCAAUGCCAGUACACAAAACAUAGGAAAAGUUUCUCGCACCCCAGACCGGGUGGAGACAUAAAAAUCAAAAGUACCAUCAAUUGUCAUUCUCGCAAUGUGAUCUAUGUGAUUCGCUGGCCGUGUGGCUUAUUUUACGUAGGAUAAACUUCAAGGGAGUCACGCACUAGAAUGUGUGAGCACCGAAGUGCCAUUACACGUGCUGACCCCAACAGCCCAGUGGCCCUCCAUUUCAAAGAGAGGACACUCGCUUUGUGAUUCUCUUUGUUUUUGUUUUUUUGUUUGGAAUUGAACAAGUCAGUAAAAACAAACGCGGUGGCGAUGUUGACAUACACCGAAGGUCCAGAGAGACGUUCUGGAUCCAUUACUUAGAUACUUUAGUCCCCAGACUUAAUCUAGAGGACUAUAGUAUGCUUUGGUGACGAGCUCCAUCCCUUUGUUGGUCCAUUGACAACCCCCCCCCCCCCUAUUUGUACUUCUUGUUUACACAUGGAGGGAGCUUACUAGCUCACUAACUGUUGUCCAAACCAGUUGUUAGACCACUUUGCCUGAGCUUUUGAUGUUUAUUGUUGCUAUCCCUAGUUUUGCUUAGCCCUGUUCAUUUUUCAAUACACAACAUAUUCAACAUGUAUUAUAUAGUAGUGGUUGUAUAUCAAUUACACCUAUUGUAGUUGAAAAAAGCUUGCACAGUUUUCCAAUUGUUGUUUACUGGUAUCACUUCUGUAUUUCAUCAAUAGGUGGAGACAUUGACCACAGCACACCAGACCCUUAGUACUAACCUGUAUGGUCUACCACGCUGUCUCUCAUUAGCACCACCAGCUGAAGAGAGUUUUCUCCCUAAUUGUGUUCCCCAUGCCCUGUAUGAACUUGUCCAUUCCCUUUGGGAUUAUUCUGAAGCAGGCCAUUGUAGGCCGAAACGUCUAUUUUAAACUUGUCUAAUAAAACUAUUUAUUUUUAAUGGUGAGUGAGCAUUGUAACUUUUCCUGUCCAAUGAUGGGUUAGUGAUCAGAACCAGAUACCACUCUCAUGAUAUCACAUUAUCAUCCAAGAUAAUUGUUGACAUUCAUUUAAUGCUAAAAAGAAGUGGUAAGAUUUAAUGUGUUGUUUUUUGUCCCUCAACAGCAACGCAAUCCAGAGGUACGGCACGUCGACCUGGAGAUUCUAUAACACUACGGAUCUACACGGGGAAAGUUGUGCUACAACAAGAAGGGGGGGAGGAGAGCCAAGCCGACCUCUGCACUCUGCUUAUCUCCCUCCCACUGUCUCCAACCAACUCAUCAGAAGAAGUCUUACUGUAGAAUAGCCCU